AUGAAGAAUGAAAUAGAAGAGAGGUUUGAAGAUUGGAAAGGUAGAGAGGCAAUCCCUGGCAAACAUGGUGGGAUCGGACCGGCAUCUAUUGCUUGUGUUGUAGAGGUGAUGGAGAACAUAGUGUUCGUUGCUAAUGGAUUCAAUUUCGUUGAAUACUUCAUGAGUUCGAUGCACUAUUCACCAGCCACAGCAGCAAACAUGGUCACUAACUUUAUGGGAACAACGUUUUUGCUCACUCUUCUUGGUGGUUUUAUUGCCGAUUCUUUCCUUACUAAUUUCACAACUUUCAUCAUCUUUUGUUGCUUGGAACUCAUGGGAUUAAUCUUGCUGACAUUCCAAUCUUAUAGCCCCAAGCUCCAGCCUGAGAGUGAUAAAACACCCUCAACUCUUCAAGCAACGAUUCUUUUUACAGGACUUUAUGCGAUGGCUUUUGGUGCUGGCGGUAUCAAAGCCUCGUUGCCCACCCAUGGAGGCGAUCAACUUGACAGGGGAAAUCCAAGACUGAUCUCAAGAUUCUUUAAUUGGUUUUACUUCUCUAUAUGUUGUGGAUCCAUCUUGGCAGUAACUAUUGUGGUGUCAAUCGAGGAGAGCAAAGGUUGGUUUUGGAGCUUUACUAUCUCAGCCGGGACUCUAGCCCUUGCACUUCUUAUUUUCAUGGCAGGGUUACCGUUUUAUCGAUUCAAGUCUCCUACUGGAAGUUCAUUGACAAGGAUCACAAAAGUGAUUGUUUCUGCUGCACGAAACCGAAAUAAGUCUGAUUUGGAUGAGGAGAUGAUGCAAAGUCUUACCUCUACGGACGAGGGCAUUUCUCAUACCAAGUUGAAGUGUUUAGAUAAAGCAAUGUUGAACAAAAACAUCUCAGCAAUAGAAGUUGCGGAAACAAGAACAUUUUUGGGUCUCCUGCUAAUCUUUUUUAGCACGAUUGCUAUGAACUGCUGCUUGGCACAACUAUCGACUUUCUCGGUACAACAAGGCAUGAUCAUGGAUAGAAAACUCUUUGGUUCCUUCGAGAUCCCCGUGCCUUCUCUGGUCGUUAUUCCUCUACUCCUCGUGAUUUUAUCAAUACCUUUAUAUGACUAUUUCGGAAAAGGGAUCUCAUCAGACAUAUCACCAAGCUUCAAUUUAAAUCGCAUCCGACUUGGCCUAGCUCUCUCAUCUUUUUCGAUGGUGGUUGCAGCGAUUGUGGAAACGACGAGGAAAUAUGUAGCGGUUCAUUACGACUUCAAAAUAUCUGUUUUAUGGCUAAUGGUUCAGUAUCUGAUGCUAACUGUGGCUGAUACGUUGGCAUUUGGAGGGAUGCUAGAUUUCUUUUAUAGAGAAGCUCCAUCGAACAUGAAAAGUAUGAGCACGGCAUUGGGCUGGUGUUCGGCCGCAUUUGGUUUCUUCCUUAGCACAGCUCUUGUGGAGAUCACCAAUACGAUCACAGGUUGGCUUGGUCAUCAAUGGCUUGGUGGAGAAGAUCUCAACGAAACAAGUCUUGAAUUGUUUUAUGUGGUCCUUUUUGUUCUUAAUACUCUUAAUCUUCUUAACUAUAACUUCUGGACUAAGGGAUAUUAA